AUGUAUUCGGCACAGUGCGCCUCAUCCCCCUUCUUCCCCCUCUACUUCCCCAUCGCACUCGCUUCCACCCUCGACGCCGCCACCCCGUCCGCGCGCAAUCUGCUGCGAUGGGAAAGGACAAGACGGCGGCCCUGGAGCGCGCGAAGAAGGCGCGACGGUGGUGGCGAAGGGCAAGAUGACGAGUUGGGGGGGGGGGGGUCGUCGUCGAGGUUCGGCCUGCCGCCAGGCUGGAUCCAGGGCGACUGGAUUCGGUCCAUGAUCCGGAAGGAAGACCUGGUGGAUCUGGUCGAAGGUGGCUUGAUUGCCCACGAAUCUUGGAGGCUGCCGGGAAACGAGACCGAGCCACAGCCGCAGGAGGGUGUUUCUCAGUCGACCGGCAUUGAUGACACCACUCGGAUUUACGCGGAGGAAGUCACCGAGGAGACGAUGGGGCAGUGGUUGCAGGGCAUCACUGGAAACAAAGACAACCCCAGGGGGUCCAGGAGAGUUCUACCACUCGACUCCUCCAAUGAACCAGACAAGAUCUAUACUGAAAUGUACUCAAUGCCCAAUGGAGAGCAAUACCAUGAAGGAGAGGCGAGCAGCGGUGAUAGCGCCAACUGGAAAUCUGAUGACGAAGACGAGGAAGAAAAUGAAGACUCAAGCAGCGGCGAGGAGGCCGACUCCCCACCUCGCUCCGAAAGACGCUCCAAGCAGGCCCAUGACCCAGCAAGUGUCCGUGGGAAAGCGGUUGUGCCGAGUACGCAGACUUCAAAGCGCGCUCGGACAUCCUCCCCCGUUCCGACUGAAAAGGCCCCGAAGCAACUCAAUGCUGCUACUUCUGGGACUUCCAUUUACAAGGAUGACGAUGAUGAGGAGAUUGAAGACGCGGCCACUUCCAAAGCAGAGGACCAGAUGAAGGUGGUGCGUGAGGCCAGCCAGGCUACUUAUGAUGCCAGCUCAGCCCUCCAGGCCAACGUCCAGAAAUCCUUUGACUUCGGGGUCCAGUUCACUGACUUGCAGAAAAAACAGAUCCAACUCAAUCUCGACCUGGAGCUAGCCAAGGAAAACAUGCAGAAGGCUAAGGACGAAGCAACUGCCAUGGGAGAAGACCGCGCGCUCGGCGAAGCCAACAAGGAAGUCGUGCAGCUGAAGAAGGACAAGGUGGCUCUGACCGAUGAAGUUGGAGAUCUCACUUGGAAGAGGGACGAGCUGGAGGUUUAUCUGGGAGGACUCGCCAAGAAGUUGUUCCUUAUGCUUGAAGAAUUCUGCCAAAACUUCGAGGAAGAGACUGGGCGAAUUGAGACGAACUUGGACCCCAUCAACUCCCCUGUUAUGGGUGAAGCUGCCAUGAACAUGCUCCGAUUGGAAUCUUGUCUCGCCAGCGCCAUGGACUACCUCGAAUGGAAGAAGUCCUCCGCCCGAUGCGGUGCUGAUGUGGCUCUAUCUCUGGUUCGCGUCCAUUGCAAGGAGGCCAAGGAAGAGAAACUAGCAGCGCUCAAGGUGGCCAAUACCAAGAAGCUUGACUUCCAGUCCUUCAUGGAGACCUUCAUCGAAGCAGCCACCCGUAUUGCGGAUGGAAUCGACUUGGACGGGUUCGUCGAGCCUGCCAGCCCUCCUCCCGCGGAGUGA